GAAAAACAGAUCCUGGUUGUGCAGAGCAGCAGUUGUUUUGCUGGAGGAAGGGAGUGUGCAGGCUGCCUGGGCCCCUUCCUGGAGCCUCCUCUUAGCAGCUGGUCCCAGGCUUCGGGGUGCAGGGACCAGGCUGCCCCUUCCUCCAGCAAGCCCCUCUUCCCUUUGUGUCCUUGGCCCUGAAGACGGUCCUGGUUAACUCUGGCUUUUGUUGCUUUCUGGUUCCAAAUUAAGAGAGACUCUCCUUGGCCAAGAAAGAGCACUUUGAAGGAGGGAGGAUGCAGGAGCUGUGUCUGCUGUGCUGGGCGGUCCUCCUGAGCCUGGGGCAGGCCUGUCCUGAGCCCUGCGACUGUGGGGAGAAGUACGGCUUCCAGAUUGCCAACUGUGCCUACCGCGACCUGGAGGCUGUGCCGCCUGGCUUCCUAGCCAACGUGACCACAUUGAGCCUGUCAGUCAAUCGGCUGCCCAGCUUGCCAGAGGGUGCCUUCAGGGAGGUGCCCCUGCUGCAGUCUCUGUGGCUGGCACACAACGAGAUUCGCACAGUGGCUGCUGGCGCUCUGACUUCACUGGGCCAUCUCAAGAGCCUGGACCUUAGCCACAACUUCAUCUCUGACUUUGCCUGGAGCAACCUGCACAACCUCAGUGCCCUCCAGUUACUCAAGAUGGACAGCAAUGAGCUAACCUUCAUUCCCCGAGAUGCCUUCCACAGUCUUCAUGCCCUACACUCACUGCAGCUCAAUCACAACUGCUUGCACACACUGGCUGAGGGCACCUUUGCACCACUCACCGUGCUGUCCCACCUGCAGAUCAAUAACAACCCUUUCCAGUGUACCUGUGGCAUCAUGUGGUUCAAGACAUGGGCCCUGACCACAGCUGCUUCCAUCCCAGAGCAGGACAACAUCACCUGCACUUCACCUGAUGUGCUGAAGGGCACACCGCUGACCCGCCUGCUGCCACUGCCUUGUUCAGCACCCUUGGCGCAACUUACCUACCAGCCCAGCCAGGAUGGUGCCGAGCUGCAGCCUGGCUUCAUGCUGGCACUCCAUUGUGAUGUGGAGGGGCAGCCAGCCCCGCAGCUCCACUGGCACAUCCAGAUGCCUGGCGGCACGGUGGAGAUCACCAGCCCCAACGUGGGUGCUGAUGGACAUGCCCUGGCAGCCAGCAGCCAGCCACGCUUCCAGGCCUUUGCUAACGGCAGCCUGUUCAUCCCUGGCUUUGGCAAGCCGGAGGAAGGCACCUACAGCUGCGUGGCCACCAAUGAGCUGGGCAGUGCAAAAAGCUCAGUGAACUUGGCACUAGCUGCUCCAGGCGAGAGGGACAAAGAUGUGCUGGGGCGCAAGUUCAAUGGCAAAAGUGCCGAGGGUAAGGGAUGCUAUACGGUCGACAACGAGGUACAGCCAUCAGAUCCUGAGGACAAUGUGGUCAUCAUUUACCUCAGCCGCAAUGGAGGCCUGGAGGCUGCAGAAGUAAGGGGUGGGGUCUCUGGGCAGCAGCCCCCAGGCCUGCUUCUGCUGGGCCAGAGCCUCCUUCUCCUCCUCUUCACUUUCUUCUAGCUCUGCCCCACCACCCACCACCCAACUGAGCUGCCCCAGCCCCAGGGCCUCCUUGACUCCUCCCCCUGACUCAGGGGAUGUCCAUGCAGAAGUCUGGGGUUGGCAACUCCCAAGACCUGCUUGAGGAUAUCACAUCUUCCUACCUCCCCUUCUCAUCUCUUCUGGGGCACUCACCACAUCCACUUCUAGACUUGCUCAGUGCUGGUGACUAGGUCAGAAUUUGAUCCCAUAACUCAUGGGCCUUCAGUAUACCUUGCUGCUAACAACAUAGCCCAUGACCCCCUAGCAUGCUAACAGGGCACCACCCUAAACAACGGGGGAAAGCCUCACCGGUGGAAUCCAGGGACUGGGUCUGACCAGCUGGUGAAAGCUGGGGGCUUAGGCCUUAGCAGGGAAAUAGCCUGAAGCAGACAGGGCACAGGAGAAAGGAAUGGGAUAGAGGGAUAGAGGCUGGUGUGGCUUUGAGACUCGCAGUGACCUGCUUGAGCUCCUGCUGCCCUGGCUCGUUCCCUAAUAACUUGGGGGCUCCAAAUUCUCUACCCCAGUCUCAGACAGGACAGGAGGAUCGCGGGGCCUUCCUCUUCUCACCCUUCCUCCUUUAGCCUCUGUCCUGCCAUCCUGAACACCUGCCCUGCCUUUCUCUCCAAGUGUGCAUCUGUAGCCUACCCCUCCGAGGAGGCCAGCCAGCCUGGAGACAGCGGAGGAAUAAAUAGCAUUUCUGACGCUCCCCUGUGUCUGCCUGGAGUUUCAUCUGAUUUAGAAGCCUCUGUCAGGGGUAGGACAGGGGCUGGAGAGUCAGGAUGGCCAGCUGGCCUGUCUACAUGGGACAGGCCUGUGAAACACACAUUGAUUAUGUGGCAGGCAGUAGCAUGGGUGGCCCAGUGGAGGUUGAGCCCCCAGCUGAGCUGAGUUGCAGAUGUCCUUCCCCCCAAAUUAGCCCACGAGGCAAAUGGUGGCACUAGCUACUGAGACUUCCCUGGGACCUUGAGUGGUGCUGUAUGCAGUAAGUGUGUGAGGAGGCAUGGUAGAGAUGGGGAAAGAGCCUGGAUUGUGGUCCUCUUGCUGUUCCACUCCAUGUUAGAGAUGUCAGGGAGUGUAGGUGGAAGGAGGACAGGUUAGGCAAGAUGGAGAAGUGAGAGAAGGGAGAGGAUAUAAGACAUAGAGGAGAGGAGGAUGGAAGGAAGAAAAAGGAGCUAGGAGUCUGAGGAGAACAAAGUUGAGGGAGAAGCCAAAGGAAAUGGAUGUCCUUCCUCCCACCUUUUCAGGAAGAGGAAAUGGCAUUUCUGGAGGAAAGUCCUUUCAUAGGAGUCUUUUCCCACAGAACAGAUGGACCAGUAACUGACUUGGAAGGGAAGGGGGCAGAUAGGAUGAGGGCGUGGCAGCAGCCUGCAGAUCUCUUAGGAUGGGGAGCAGGUAGAUGGGGUCAGGACCUGGGGAUUGUAAGAACGACCUAUCUGUGCUGGGUCAUAUAUAUCUCCCUUCUGCUUCCAUCCCCGUCCCUUUCCAAAUCUAAGGGUGUCACACAUAGGACAAGACCCCGUGGGAGAGGCUCUGCCACCUCUGCCCAGAGCUCUCAGGACUGCUGAGCACAGCAAAGUAGAGGCAGAGAGACCAAGGAGCCUGAGGUAGCAGCUAUGAGCCUUGGAGGCUGGCCAGCCUCCCUCUCCCCUCCUGCUGGUCUACAUUUGGCACUUCUCCACCCCCUCUUCAGCUUGCAGCUCCCACUGAACAGAUGACACCAGCAGCACAUGUCAAGGACUGUGUAUCUGGUUGAAAAAACAGCAAGAGCCCCUGUGCUGUGCCACCUUAAAUAAGUCACUACCCAUCUCUGUACUUUGUUUCCUUGGGG